AAGUAAAGAGAUAAGAAAGCAAAAUACACGAUGAAAGAGGUUGGAUCCUAACACCACGCCACAGUAAGGCCUGCUGCGCGGUGAACACUCAAACAAAAUCGAGGCAACGCAGAGACAUAGUUAGUAGGAACAAAAAUGGCGACUCAAACUGCAAAUGGUGACGUAUUGAUGCUCGAAGCAUCACCAGAUGCAGCACGACCAUGGGCAAGCGCUUCCAAUGCAGAAACCAUCGAUGCCUUGCCUUACAUCGACGAUGACUAUGGUAACCCUGCCGUCAAACAAGAAGUCGACCGCUUAGUUGAGGAAGAGAUGCGCCGAAGUUCCAAAAGGCCCUCUGAUUUUCUUAAGGAUCUUCCUCCCCUUCCCAAGUUCAAUUUUGAGGAUCAUCCAAUGCUUGCUAGAGAAUAUGAGCGAGUCAGGGCUGGGAAGCCUCCAAUGCCACUUGAUACAUCUCGGUAUAUACCAGAUGCUCCAUCAUUGAAUAAACAGAAUGAUGAAACAGCUUGGAAGCAGGCUCUUCAAAAAGCUCAGCGCUUGCUACAGCAUCAGGAGAUAAGGCUUGAAAAUUUGGAGCUAAUGUCUAAGUGUGGUCCUGAUGUCUGGAAGCACUACAACCAACGGCUUGAGGCGUCUUUAACCCGAUUGCAAGCAUUAGCUGCUGAGCACGGUGAGAAGAUUGAAACUGUGAACAGGGAAAGAAAGUUUCAACAGCAAAAUGCUGGCAAUGAGCUAAAUGUUUUAUCUGCACAAUGGAGGGAGCUUUGUUUGAAAAACAUUGAAAUUCAAGAAGCUUGUGUGAAAAUUGAAAGUCAUCUUGAAGAAUUAAGGAAAGAAGCUGCUGAGAGAGGCUGGAACUUGGAUGUUAACAUGGAAAAUGGUUCCUUGGGUUAUGUGAAAUAAUGAGGAUUAUUUGAUUGUGGUCUGUGACAGUACAUAGCUCUGCUACAGUUUCAGCAAAAUUAGCAUUCCACCCUUUAGAAGAAACUAUUAAUCACGGGGGCUCAGCAGCUGAUGGGUUGAGGCAGUUUUUUUUUUUUAUUUCAGAAGGUGCUCUGCAUGGGCGUUGAUGCGGGCAUGUGUCCCUGUAACUCUUCCUUUGCGUUGCAUGUUUUUGUCCCUAGCAAAACGAUGGUUCAAGAAUCAAGUUUUUUAGGUUUGAUUAGCUUUGUGCUCUUAGAUAUAUUUGUUGUCCAGCGAUCUUUCUUUAACCAUUAGUAAGAAUCAAGUACUUCCUCACUUUGCUUCGUGUUUUUCUCACUCCAAUUAAUCCGAAUUAGUUGCUUAGAAAUUUAAAUCUUCCUUUGGUAUUC